GAAGCUGUCGCGCGUCACGCGACCAUACAGAUUUCAUUUCCUUUGAGUGUUAUCUUAAGUAAUUUGGACUAAUUUACCCCAUUGUAACGCUUCAACUGUCUUAGUAUCGCUCAGUACAAAGAGACGCAGAGUGGCGCAAUUUAUUGAGUAACACUGAAGGAGAAGUGGAGUAUGAGGCGGAGACACGACUGGAGGAAGUUUCAGUAAGCAUAUAGUGCCCUGCGUUUCCUGAUAUUCCUUAAAAUGGCUUUCGAGGUAACACAAGUGUAGCCACAUUUUAUACAGUGGUCAUUUUCGCGAGUGAUAAUUUUCUCGUCUUUAGUCGCCCCGAAGGCGCUUCGAUCAUGGAAAACCAGCCUCUGUUAAAUACACGUCUAAGUCGCAGUUCAGUAGAUUACGGAUAUCACUCCAGCAGUAAUCACAGCGGCAGAGAGACGCCUAAAACUAGGCGUUUGUCGUACUCCGUGGACAGAGAUUCCUGCUGCACUGAGGGUGAUGAGGAAGACCUGUAUAUUCAACAAGCAGUCGUAUUUAUUGAAGAUGCCAUACAGUAUCGGUCCAUCAACCAUCGUGUCGAUGCAAGAUCACUGCAUUUCUACCGAUGGUACUAUUCCAGAAUCUGCCAGUGGGGUCUUGGUUUGGCCAUUGCAGUCAUCCUCUGUUUGGCAUUCAUAGAGAAACCCUCUUCCCUGUCCAUCACCUCCGAUCUGCGAUAUAAGAAACCCCCCUGGGAGCCCCCAUGUGGGUUGACUGAGAGCAUUGAGAUUGUGUGUCUCAUCAUCUUUUUCCUUGACCUAUCUAUGAAGAGUUACCUUUUUGGAUGGGAGGAGUUUCAGAAGAACAAGUGGCUGAUUGGGUAUGCCGUAGUCAUUGGAAUGUCUGUCAUUGAUUGGACAUUAUCGGUGAGCAUGAUCUGCAGUGAGACUUUGAAGAUCAGACGAAUUUUCCGACCAUUCUUUCUCCUUCAAAACUCAUCCCUCAUGAAAAAAACCUUAAAAUGCAUAAAAAGGACACUUCCAGAAAUCACAAGUGUGAUCCUGUUGAUUGCUUUGCAUCUCUGCUUGUUCACCAUGUUUGGAAUGCUGAUCUUUGCCAGGGGAGAGGACCCAGAUGACAACAGAGAAUGGGAAGGAUAUUUCCAAAACUUACCACAAUCCAUAACAUCAUUACUGGUACUUCUUACCACUGCAAACAACCCUGAUGUGAUGAUUCCAGCAUAUUCUUUAAGCCGAGGAUACUCCAUCUUUUUCAUCCUCUUCAAUGGCUUUGGAACCUACUUCUUAAUGAAUCUUCUUACUGCUGUGAUAUACAACCAGUUCAGAGGAUACUUACUGAUGUCUAUCCAGGCAUCCAUACUGAGGAGGCGGCUGGGUAUCAGGGCAGCAUUUGAGGUCAUGUUCCAAGGCCAAGCCAAAACACAGACUGAAGAGCACAUUCAGUGUGUGCAGGUGGACACCGUGCUGAAGGUGAUGAAGAAGGUGCACAUGAAGUCUUACCACAGACUAGCCAUCAUGGCGAAAGUCCAGCAAUUUUCCAGUGGCGAUAUUCAAGGGAAAGAUUUUCAGAGGCUUUUUGACGAGUUGGACAAGGACCACAUCCAGGAGCAUCCUUCAUUACCUGAGUAUAACUACAGGUUCCUUCAGAGACUUCAGUUUGUUUUUAGCCACUAUUACUUCACUGUGGUGGGGAAUGUGGUGGCACUCACCAAUGUCAUCUGCAUAUGUACUAUACUGGUAAUUGAUUCUGAGAAAUCCAUCUCAGAUCGAGAUAACUACUAUCUAGGGGCCAUAAACUGCUGCUUCAUUUUGUACUACCUAACUGAGACGGGACUGAAAAUAUUUUCCUUGGGUUGGAGAGGAUACCUUUCUUACAGAAGCAAUAUUUUUGAUGGGUUAAUGACAGUCCUUCUCCUGUGUCUCCAGAUCGCCAUAUUUGCUACUUACAGAUUUCCACAACGGUUCCCCACGCAGCCAGGCGUUCUCUCCUUGUGGGAGAUGGUCCGUCUGGUGAACAUGCUAGUCGUCUUCCGCUUCCUCAGGAUCAUUCCAAACAUAAAGCUGAUGGCUCUGGUAGCCAGUACUCUGGUGGAUCUGGCCAAAAACCUCAGGGCAUUUGCUGGGAUCUUGGUGGUGGUGUACUAUGUUUUCGCUGUGCUUGGUAUUUGGCUGUUUCAGGGAUCAAUCAAAGCAACAUCAAACAAUACAACCGCCAACGUCAGUCUGACAAACAUCACCAUUAACUACACGGCACAAUGUGGGACAUACGAACAGCUAGGCUACUGGCCGAACAAUUUUGAUGAUUUUGCUUCCACGCUAGUGCUUCUGUACAACAUCAUGGUAGUGAACAACUGGCAGGUCUUCAUGGAAAUUUAUGCCAGACAGACUAAUGAGUGGUCAAAAGUCUACUUUGUGUGCUGGUGGCUGACAUCUUCUGUCAUGUGGGUGAACCUGUUUGUGGCCUUGAUUUUAGAGAACUUCAUCCACAAAUGGGAUCGUAGCUAUGGUUGUAGUGUUUCAGACCAUGAGAGAAUUGGAUGCCAGAUGACAGUACAACUAAUGUUCAGAGAACACAUACAGGAACCAACGGAGGAAGAGCUAGUGACUCAACUCCACCAACAUCCCCACAUGCUCCUCAUCCAGUGAACCAUCAUGUAUCUAUUGGUGCUCCCAGUUCUUUUUGCCUUUUUCUGCUCAUUCAGGGACAAUUUAACCAAACCAGACUGGGCGGACUUUACAACCACCCACUUAGGAGUUUACAAAAAUGUCCUUCAAAUAGAUCAUAAUUCGGAUGUACAAUUACUCAUUUCAAUCCUUCCAUCUUCAUAUUGCAUCUCCCAUACAUGUGUAUAGGUAGUUUAAAUACUCGAUAUUUUGAAAUAUCAGUUAUUAUACUGUUGCCACUCUUCACUCUAACUAAUAUAUUAUGAUUUGUGUAAUUAAAAGCCAUGCUCCUCACUCUGUA